AGCCUCGGAGCGUGGAGGGCGACCGGCUGGGUUUGGGCAGCAACACCAGCCCCGAGGUGGCCGGCACCAGCACAACCAUGGCGCUACCGCUCCUGCCUGGAUACUCCUUCAACAGGAAUCUAGGGAAAGAAAAAUUCCAUAAAUCUCAACACUGGAGUUACUGCAACAGAGUUUCUAUGUUGGUGGGAGAAGACAAACCUGGAAUAGGAGGUGAACCUUUGCUUGGACAGAAACUGAAACCUAAGUAUAGCAUUUUUCCUAGAGGUGUUGGAAAUGAUGCACCUUCAUGGGUAGCAUUUGAUAAACAGGUAUUGUCUUUUGAUGCUUAUUUUGAUGAAGAAGUUCCUGACAAAAAUCAAGAGCUGUACAGAAUAAGACAUUGUAAAAUAUAUUUCUACCUAGAAGAUGACACAAUUCAGGUGGUUGAACCCAAGGUGAUGAAUAGUGGAAUCCCACAAGGUACUCUUAUUCGGCGUCAUCGGAUUCCUCUUCCACCUCCUGAUGAAGAUCAGUUCUAUACUGUGGAUUAUUUCAACCUUGACAGAGAUGUGAUCUUCUAUGGCAGAAGAUACAGAAUUAUAGAUUGUGAUCAGUUCACCAGAAAUUUUUUGAGGAAGAUGGGAGUCAGACUAAAUCCUUCAGUAAAUCGUCCAGAUGAUCCCUAUACCAAAGAACGUCAAAAGUUGAUAGACAGUAUGAAGCCUUUGCGUCCCUACGAACGCUUUGAUACACUCCAUCAGUUUCUGGAGCAUGAUGGACAUGUUUUACGUUUUUAUGGUGUGUGGGAUGACACUGAAAGCUUGUUUGGGGAUGUCCGAGAACUGGUGCUGCAUUAUUUUUUGGCUGAUGACACUAUUGAGAUAAAAGAAGUGACACCAGUGAAUGCAGGUCGAGAUGCCGUACCUCUGUUCCUCAACAGGCAGAAACUACCAAAGUAUGCUCCAGUUGGAUUGUACCAACCUGGUACAAUCACAGAUCGGACAGUUCUAAAUGUGUUUGGAGGGUUAGUAGGAAAUAAAGGUCGUUACAUUCUGGACAAUUGUAAGACAGGAGCUGUGCAUCAGGAAUUUUAUAAAGAUUGUGACCUGAGAAUAGGGUCAGAAAUCAAUUGCUGGGGAAGAAAGAUAGUUCUCUGCGAUUGUGAUGAAUUUACCAAGGAAUAUUACAGGACAAAAUACGGAGUCAUGGAUUUUACUCCAAUUCCCUACAAGGCUCCACCUCCUCCAAAAAUAGAAAAACAGUUUCCACCAUACAAUGGAUUUGGAUCUGAAGAAGACUCCCUUUGCUCCUGUAUGAGUUUGCUUCCCAAACCACCUCAAAAGGACUUCAAGAAGUUCAUGGAAAAAGACAGACAAGGCCUUGAAAGCAAUAUACUGCGGUUUCUUGCGCAAUUUAUUACUACAGACCCCAUUGACAAGCAGCGGAAGUUCAUAAUUUCUUAUUUUCUUAGCGAUGACACCAUUUCAGUGUUUGAGCCCCCACAAAGAAAUACAGGGGUGCUUGGUGGGAAAUUCCUGGAAAGAAGCCGUGUUCCAAAGCCUGAGCAGGAGCCCUUUAAGAGUGAAAUGUCUGAGUAUUACACAGCCCAAGAUCUGUAUAUUGGAGCCAAAGUGUGUUUCCAUGGACACGUCUUUCUUGUGGUGGAUGCUGAUGAAUAUGCUUUCAACUACAUGGAGAAGCAUGCAAAUGAGUUUGCCAUGGCCAGUAUCAACACCAUCUUGAACAAACUGAAAGCAAUAGGAGAGCCAAGAUCAAGAGAGAUUAAGCAGAUUUUUGCAGCUAUGGAUCCUCAGCAUACCACUAUUAUGGACUAUAAUGAAUUCAGAAAUGUAAUGAUGAAUAUCUCAGAUGGAAAAUUAUCUGAGCAUGAAAUUAUAACUGUUGGGCGAUAUUACAGCAUAAGAGAUAAGAAUGAGAUGGACAUUACAUUCCUUCUAGCAGUGUCCCAGGAACAUCUGAAGAAAAGUGGCUUUGAAAACUUUGGUCAACUCUUGGCAUCCUUUGUAUACUAUGACCGAGACAAGUAUGGACUGCUGCCCAGUAACAAGUGCAGGACUAUUUGCAAGUCCUUCAGGCUGCCCAUAGCAGAUGAUCUCCUGCGAGCACUACUGACUGCGUUUGAAGAUUGCAAGGAAAAGGUAAAUUAUAAGAAAUUAAUUGAUGGACUAAACUGGAGAGAACAUCCAAUUCCAACUUUCCAGACCAUCUUACUUCCUCUACAGUAUGAAGAUGAAUGGAGUGGGCAGCCCUCAACCCUUCCAGUGAAAAAAAUCAAAUACUUACCACUAAUACAGGAUGCUUUUGGCAUUGAAGAAUAGCACUUAAUCCAUGCAGGACACCUUCUGUGGAUCAAUGUUGUAACUUCACUAAAUUUCUCUGGAGAGUUACUGUAUAUUACUACUUUUUAAAAAAUAAAAGAAUCACAGUUAUAGGUUUGUUGGGGAAUUUAAGGGAUUUUUUACUUUAUUGUAGAAAUAUAAUUCAUAUACUGUAACUGUUGCAGACUCCAAUAGACUGUAUUGGACAUGCAGUAUUGCAAUUAGAAAUAAUUUAAAUACAUGUUUAUUCUCAGGUUUUGUAUGUGUUGUGGAUACUCAUUAAGAUAGGAAUUAUUUUAGCCAAGGAACUCUGCCCACCCUGCCAUAUUUUUCCAGCCCUUGCCCUCAAGUCAAGCUUUGCUGCUUGCUGACUGAAUAGUUUCUUGGUGCUAAUGGAAUUGUCAAAUAACAGCCUCCUUACCUUGAAUAGGAGGGGGAAAUUGACCAGGUACAGCUUCUUCCAUCACCGCUGCUCUUGCUUAAAAAGAUGUGCUUAAUGGAAUUUUAUCAAACAGUUAAAGGUGCAGGAUCUUUUGCAGCCCUGAAGCUUUGAUUGAUUAAAAAAUUACUGAGUAGCCACCAUUCAUCUUCCACAUGCACAACAUUGAGGCUGAUGGUUUAGAAAACUGCACUUUUCUGGUACGCAACAAUCACCACUUACUAGAGCAGUUAUGGGAGACUGCUUAUCUAAUUCUAAUGGAAGAACCCAUGUUCUUCAAAGUUCCUUACAAAAUCAAUUGAAUCAAGCCAUAGAAAAGGAUGCAACAAGCAACAGGAGGAAAUCCCAUCCAUAGCAGAACAAAGGGAUGAAUUUUCUGCGAAGAUGAUUAAGUGGGAUUUUAUGAAAAUCUGAAUUAUGAUUUCUGUUCUUCAGUGCCCUAAACAUUUGUUUCAUUCUUUUUUCUGUUUCUUGAAUGUAGUAUUACUCCACAAUUACAAACAAUAAGUAAAGAAAUCAAAUCAGACUGGCACACAGAUUUUAAGAAAUUGAGCUGGUAAAGUCUUCUCAUAGGAGUAAGCCAAUCCAGAUUCUAUGCAUGUGUGUGUUCUUGUGUGUGCAGGAGAGGCAAUACUUAUUUGAACCCCAUGUUAAAACUUAGAGAGCACCACCUCCUUCCACAAAUGCUCAAGCACAUGGUGAAAGCUGAGAAGACACAGGUAGCAGAAGUUUGUCCCCUCCUCAUCCAACUAAUUUAACUAGCACUCAGUUCCAUACAACUUUGUUUACUUGAUCGUAGGACACCCAGACCUGUGGGACUGUGAUAAUGCAGAGGUGAGGUCUACAGCAAUGCAGCCACAAUAGCAUCCUAUUCAAGGCACAUCUGUACUAAUUAGAAUACAAUUGUGAUGCAUUGCAGACCUAGUUCUCAGAGACAGAAAAAUCUGCAAAUUGUACCAUCUUAAAUUGUAUGGCUGGGUGUGUGUGCCGCAAAAUCGAAUGCUUCAUACAAAAAAAAUAAUAAAAAUCCUGG